UCAGUUCCUCGUGCAGUGAAGUGGGUGGGCACUGAGGCAGAGGGAUGACGGUUCUGGAGAAGGCCAUCGACUCGCUAAUCGAUGUUUUCCACAAAUACUCGCUGACCGAGGGCCACUACCACUCCAUCUCCAAGGGGGUCUUGAAGACCCUGAUGGAGAAGGAGCUGACCACUUUCCUCAAGAGCCAGAAGAACCCGCCCACGGUGGACACCCUGUUCAAGGAGCUCGAUUCUAACAAGGACCAGCAAAUCAACUUCGAGGAGUACAUGGUGCUGGUCACCCGCGUGGGCGUGGCCUGCCACGAGGAAAUCCACAAGGAGUAGGUCCCGCGGGGAGGGAUGAUGUUGAGAUCCGGACCAGGGUUGCUGCGCUAAUAAAAAUU